AUGGGGACCCCCAGUAGUGAUCCCGUGCAGCGACCUCACGCGGGACCCCUGUGCCGACGGCUGGCCGAAGGCCUGGUUGCAGACACCGGCCUGAAGACCUCCUGGAGGACAGCCACACCGCAGGAUGGUUCGUACUGGGGGCCCGGUCUGUACACACUGCCAUCCACCGUGGGUUAUAUCAAACACGACUGUACCAGGGUGGCCAGCCCUGCCUACUCGCUAGCCCGGAGGCCCAGUGAAGUGCCUCCUCAGGUCUCCAGCCCAGGCCCCGUCUACUUUCUGGAUCCCAAAAUCACGCGCUUUGGCCGUAGCUGCACCCCCGCAUACUCCAUGCAGGGCCGUGGCAAGGCUCGGGGUCUGGAGGUGACACCGGGCCCUGGGGCCUACAGCCCGGAGAAGGUGCCCCCCGUGCGCCAGCGGACACCCCCAGCUUUCACCCUGGGCCCCCGCCUCCACUUCAAGUCCCUGGGUCCAUCAGCCCCAGCCCCCAACGCCUACACCAUGCCCCCGCUGUGGGGCUCACAGACCCUCACCAAGCCCAGCAGCCCCAGCUACACGGUGGUGGGCCGCACACGCCCGGCACGGCCGCCACAGGAUCCUGCUGCCCUCCCAGGCCCCGGCCAGUACGACAGCCCUGACCCCAACACCUACCGCCAGCGCCAACCGGCUUUCACCAUGCUGGGACGGCCCCGCAGCCCACGCCCCUUAGAGGAGACACCCGGUCCUGGCACCCACAGUCCCGAGCUGGUAACUGUGAACAGAGCCCGGGCCCCAGCUUACACCAUGGGUGUCCGUCACUCACAGCGGGCCACCACCUUGGCAGCGGCAAGCACAUCCUGA